AGAUGGUGGUUUGGAAAGAAAGAAUUCUUACUAAACCACCCAUGAGCCGGAAUGGAACUCAACAACCCGCCAGGGAUUUUGAGCGAACCAACUUCAAUGAUACGAAGAUGGGGGAUAGUGAGGGGGACUUGGAAGUAAAGAUAGAUGGGGAAAAGUCUCCAGAGAAAAACAUCAGACAAAGCGGUUGAGAUGUCAAGGGAAGAGGAAGAGGAAGAGGAAGAAGAGGAUGACGAAGAAGAAGAAGAGUUAAACCACCAGUACUUGGCCCAACUACUAGCCUGGAAUCCCCCUGCGCGCCAAUUUUUGCCGAAGCGCCAGACCGAUGUAUGGGCCAAGUACUGGUGGUUAACAAAGACGAAGAAGGAGAAGGUGGGUGAUGAGGAAGAGGAGAAAGAAGAAGAGGAGGAGGAGGAAGAAGAGGGGGAAGGGGAAACGAAAGAAGAGGAGGAGGAAAAGAAGGGAAAAGGGGACAGUGAAAAGGAGGAGCAAGAGGAGGAAGAAGAGGACAACGAAGAGGAAGAGGAAGAGGGAAGAGGGAAGAAAAAGAUGGAAGGGGCAGAGGAGAAAGAGGAAAACUCCAAGAUUGGCGAAGAUAAGGAGGAAGAGAGUAAUGAGGAGGAAAACUCCAAAGGAAAUGAGGACGAAAAGGAGUCUGAAGGGGGAAAUGAGAAACAGGGGGAUGUUAGUAAGGGAGAAGCAACGGGUUAUCUGGACGAAGGUGGGGGAAAAGAUGAUGAGAGGAAAGACGGGUAAUCACCCAAAGUCAAGAGUGGGAAAGGAGAGGAUAAAAUUGACGAUCAGGAAAGCGGUAAAGACAAGGGGGGUUGCCCAGUUAGUAGAGAAGGGGAGAAGAAUGAGCUGGGGAAAAUGAGCAAGGCUCGCAAGUUAAGAGUAUCUGCAAAAUUUAAUCACACGGAGACGGGGAAAAUGAGCAAGGCUCGCAAGUCUGCACUCAUCAGCACCCCUAGCAACCGUUCGGGCCGUUUUGCUCAAAAAAAAAAAAAAAAAAGAGUAUCUGGAAAAUUUAAUCACACGGAGACGCCGCAUGGUCUCUGAAGGAGCAGUCUCCAGAAGGAAUGUUAGAGCCCUCGGGCACUAUUAAAAUGAAAAAGUUGGACGACG